AACAAGCUUUCAACAUCGCCAAGGAAUUGAUGCCCGGAGGUGUAAAUUCUCCUGUACGUGCUUUCAAAUCAGUUGGCGGACAACCUAUUAUUAUGGAUUCUGUUAAGGGCUCUAAAAUGUGGGACAUAGAUGGCAAUGAGUAUAUCGAUUAUGUUGGUUCGUGGGGGCCAGCCAUCAUUGGUCACGCAGAUGAUGAGGUACUUGCAGCUUUGGCUGAAACAAUGAAGAAGGGAACAAGCUUUGGUGCUCCAUGUCUUCUAGAAAAUGAUCUGGCAGAGAUGGUCAUCUCAGCUGUUCCAAGUAUAGAAAUGGUCCGGUUUGUCAACUCGGGCACAGAAGCAUGCAUGGGUGUUAUCCGCUUGGCUCGUGCUUUCACUCGUCGUGAGAAGAUCAUCAAGUUUGAGGGUUGCUACCAUGGCCAUGCAGAUCCAUUUCUGGUAAAGGCAGGCAGUGGGGUUGCCACCCUAGGGCUCCCCGACUCGCCCGGUGUUCCCAAAGGAGCCACCUACGAAACCCUAACAUCCCCUUUCAAUGAUAUCUCAACUGUUAAAAAUCUAUUCGACGAGAACAAGGGAGAUAGAAUUGAAUUGAUGCCCGGAGGUGUAAAUUCUCCUGUACGUGCUUUCAAAUCAGUUGGCGGACAACCUAUUGUUAUGGAUUCUGUUAAGGCUCUAAAAUGUGGGACAUAG